GCUGUGCGCGCUCCCGGCGCUGAGAAGGCGGAAGUGACGGCGGCGGUGCGGUGCUCGGCCUUGGGAGACUUCUCCCUUCCCUGCCCGGCGUUCACUGGGAGGGCUGUGUCCGGGGCUGGUGGUGGCGCCCUACGGUGACUUCCUCUUCCGAGUGGCCCGUGUGAGCUCUGCGCUACCAUGGCGACCAACCUACGGAAAGGCGGAGGACUUAUCGGCCUGGUAAAAGACGCUUUCCAGCCGCACCAUCACCACCCGACCGCUCAGCCUGGAGCUGUGGACCGGAAGACGGUGGAGAAAUGCUGGAAACUGAUGGACAAGGUCGUUCGAUUGUGCCAGAAUCAAAGGCUUGCUUUGAAAAACAGUCCACCGUAUAUUUUGGACCUGCUUCCUGAUACCUACCAACACCUUCGCACCAUUAUGUCUCGCUAUGAGGGAAAGAUGGAAAUGCUUGGUGAAAAUGAGUAUUUCAGAGUCUUCAUGGAAAACCUAAUGAAGAAGACAAAGCAAACAAUAAGUUUAUUUAAAGAAGGCAAGGAACGCAUGUAUGAGGAGAAUUCCCAGCCAAGGCGCAACCUUACCAAAUUAUCCCUAAUCUUCAGUCACAUGCUAGCGGAGCUGAAGGGAAUUUUUCCGAACGGUUUGUUCCAGGGGGAUACUUUCAGGAUUACAAAGGCUGAUGCUGCUGAAUUCUGGAGAAAAGCUUUUGGAGAGAAAACUAUUGUCCCUUGGAAGAUUUUCCGACAUGCCCUUCAUGAAGUUCACGCAAUCUCCUCUGGCCUGGAAGCCAUGGCCCUGAAAUCCACCAUUGAUCUCACCUGCAAUGAUUACAUCUCUGUUUUUGAGUUUGAUAUCUUUACGCGGCUUUUUCAGCCUUGGUCUUCCCUUCUCAGAAACUGGAAUAGUUUGGCUGUAACUCAUCCUGGCUACAUGGCUUUUUUAACUUAUGAUGAAGUCAAGGCUCGACUUCAGAAAUUCAUCCACAAGCCUGGCAGUUACAUUUUUCGUCUAAGCUGCACCCGUCUGGGUCAGUGGGCAAUUGGAUACGUAACAGGAGAUGGCAACAUUUUGCAGACCAUCCCGCAUAAUAAACCACUAUUCCAGGCUCUGAUUGACGGUUUCCGGGAAGGAUUCUACCUCUUUCCUGAUGGUCGCAACCAGAACCCAGAUUUAACAGGAUUGUGCGAGCCCACCCCUCAGGACCACAUCAAAGUUACUCAGGAGCAGUAUGAGCUGUAUUGUGAAAUGGGCUCCACUUUCCAGCUCUGCAAGAUAUGCGCUGAAAACGAUAAGGAUGUUAAAAUUGAACCAUGUGGGCACUUAAUGUGCACUUUGUGCCUAACCUCGUGGCAGGAAUCAGAGGGUCAAGGCUGCCCUUUCUGCCGUUGUGAAAUCAAAGGAACAGAGCCUAUUGUUGUGGAUCCUUUUGACCCCAGAGGUGGCAGUAUGGCAGAAAUGCUGCGACAAUGUUUAGAUGGAGCGCCUUCUCCCUGCUAUGAAGAUGAUGAUGAUGAUAGUGGAAAUGACUCUCUCUUCAUGCUGGCAGGGUGCAAGGUUGAAAGACCCCCUUCACCAAUGUCUGCACCCCCACAAGCAGCCCUACCACCUGUGCCACCUCGUUUAGACUUGCUGCAUCAGAGAGCUCAAAGUACUCAAGGAGCUUCAAGCCCAGCUGCCAUCUCCAAGGCUCCUAGCAGUUUACAUCACAAGGACAAGCCAUUGCCCGUUCCACCAGCACUUCGAGACCUCCCCCCACCUCCACCCCCUGACAGACCACAUUCAAUUGCAGGUGAAAACAGGCCACAGAGGAGACCUCUUCCAUCAACUCCUACAGACAAACCACUUCCAUUUUCAGGAAGCCGUCCUGCAGAUCCUUGGCCUUCUCGCUCUGUACCCAAAGUUCCCCCACCUAGUCUGGCAACCAAUGAUCCAUGGACUGGAGGAAAGGAGCUCACCAACCGACAUUCACUGCCCUUUACAUUGCCUUCACAUCUUGAUGAGAGAAAAGACCGCCAUGGUAGCACACUGAGCUUAGACAACGCUGCAACAAGUGCCAGUGUGGAGCUGUUGGCAGGUCUUGAUUUGGAUGAUCCCAAAGUAAAGGCCUCUUCAUCUGCUAAUGCCAUCUACUCCUUGGCUUCAAGGAAGUAUAAUUGUCAGGAUCACCAGAAAAUAAGAGAGGAAAAGGAAACUAAUGCAGCCACCACAUCUAAAAACUGGCCAUUCCCAGUGCCAAAGGCUUCAUUGGAAGAUCACUCUAAUAGUAUUGAUGAUUCCGAGUAUAUGUGCCCCUCGUCUCUGCCAGUUAAUCCUCCUGUGGUACCUAAAAGCGAAGCAAAGAGGCCUGUUGAAUCCCUACCUCCUGGAAUACGACCAGUCGAACAGCAGGUUGAAAGAGAGUCGUAUGAGACCAUGUACAACAUCCAUUGUCAAGCCAACGCUGUCGUCAUGGAGCCAAGAAGUGAUGAAGAAGAGUGCGCUGCCAUGUCAAUCAAUGGGCCUGAGGAUGAAGAUGAUGGGUAUGAGGUACCAAAGUCAAACUUGCCAAUGGCCCCGGCUCGCCGAACACUUUCUGAUAUCUCAAACGCUGUACCUACCUUCAGUUCCGCGACUACCAGCAGAGAUUCUGGAGCAGGACUCCAAGAGUCAUCACCUGUUCCAGAGCGUCCCCCAAAGCCCUUUCCAAGGAGGAUGAACUCUGAGCGUCGUCCAGCACCACCUGGUGAUGAUGCUUCUCCCCUCUCCGGCGAGAUUGAGAGUUUACUGAGCCAGGGAUAUUCUCAGCAAGAUGUGAAUAAAGCCUUAGUCAUUGCCCACAAUAACAUUGAGAUGGCCCGCAAUAUCCUACGUGAAUUUGUGGCUAUCCCAUCACCUCCUCAUGUGGCUACAUAGCAAUAGGAUUUCCAGAUACUGCUGUAUACCAUGAACGAAAAAGUGCACAUCUGAUCCUUGAGCUCGAGUGCAGUGGAUGGGACCAGCUGGGUUUACUGUGGGUAUAGAAAUAAACGGAUGGAGAAUUCCGAACACCACGCCCCCCUCCCCGGAAGAGUACAGGGUAGGGGCAUCAGCCUGCCAUUAUUUAGCAGUGUUACAUCAGGUAAUUCCUAACCAGAUUCUCAAUCAGAGCACUAUGCUCCAUUAGCCGUGUUUUUAAAAUUUCUUCUAUACCAUCUGGAUUACUACCUUCCUGAGAAUGAAGACGUGGGAGGCUCUGAUUGGCUCAGGUCAUUAUCAUGGAUACACUGAACCCAUCUUUCCCACCCUUUUUAACGUUAAACUGCCUGUCGCUGUAGGUCCUAUGAUUUUCUGUUUGUGUGUAUAUGGGGAAAUGCAUUUUCAAACCUUUGUGUGCGUUUUUUAUUAUUAUCCAGUGUUAUUUAAUGGACUUUAUUUGCACUUAGUGGUGCACUCUGGUGGACCUCAGUGACAUGAAAAGUUGCCUUAGUAUAUAACAUUUUAUUUUAAGCUCAUAAAAGCCCACUAUUAAAGACAUUCUAGAGUUGGUGGUUGAGGUCCUAUUUGGCCUUUCGUUUUUUUUUUUUUUUUCUUUAGCAAGUCCUGUGAUGAAGAGCAGUGAUGCAUUCUGGGAGUUUGGUGCCAACACUAAUUCCCUCUGGAGUGCAGUAUGCCACAUGACUCAGGGUGAAAGGGGAACUGUCACAUUACUAUAGCAGAAAAGGAUGGCAUUAUUAGGCAGAAUAGAAGGGAGGAAAGUUUAAGGAUGUGACAGAGUAAUAUUAUAUGCAGCCACACACUGAUAAAUUAUCUUAAUUUAUUCUACAUGUCUUACUGGCUCCAAAUGACAUGUAAAGAAAAGUAUGCCUACAAUCAUACCCAUGUAGUCAUUUGUAAUAAUAUCAAUACAUGUGUCAUAUGAGCAUAUGUAUAUUUAUUUACAUGUAUAUUUAUAUAUGCUGAAAUCAUAACUGAUAUGUACAGAUUUGGUAAAAUGUAUUGCUCCCACAUGCAACACUUAAAAAGCAACUCCCAUCUUGUGUUGAUGACCUAUGGAAUUUUAGGAAAGGGUGGUGUGUAAUGGUGUGUAAAUAGCACUUCAGGUCUAUUUUCGUCAGAUCUGCUUAACUUCUUGGCAUCCACAUAACACAUAUGUGCAUUGGCAAUGAGGGUGGGCUCUAUUACCCACACACCGCACAUAUAUGCGUCAAUGGGCAGCCGACGUUGCCAAGCUUCCACAGACUGCUCUCGGUCUCUAGUAAUUAUUGGAAGAUGGAUCCUGAUCAUGUGACCACUGUGUCAGCCAAUCACAGUGGUCAAGAGAUCGGACAUGCCUUAACACAAAGCUUAAGUAUUUGAAAUCUUUGCCCUCUGCACACUGUCCCUUAUGUCAUUACAUGAGACCUUGGUAAUAACAGAAGGGUAUCGGGGUUCAGAAACUUCCAGUAGUUUCAAAUGCUAAUUUUUUUUUUUCAGUGGACCUCAAAGAUUAACUUUUCUCUUUGCAGACAUGCCUUUGAUUUGGGGUUUUAGAAAAAUUAACCAACAGGGUCUAUUUUAAGUGGUAUCUCGGUUAUGGGAAGUACUUUUACACACUAUACUUACCUUCCUUUCCUAAUUAACAUUGAGUUGUCUUUAAAAAUGUAGUAUGCAUAAGCAGAGCAGAGGUAAGUAGUGAUCAUAAGCGUUUGCCACAACCAUGUAGCCAAUAUGUUAUUUUUCUUUCCGUCAUUCAUUUACAGUUAAUUUUUAACACUUCAGUUUUCUGUCUUUUUAAAGAUUUUUAAACCAGUAUGAGAACAGCUUAGAAUGGGUCCUGCGGCUAUUCUAUGUAAUGAGUUGAUUGGACCAAACUUCAAUCCUAUCUUCUCAAUUGGGGAUAAGUGGAGUAAACUUAUUUAUGCACAUUAGAGUGUCGCAGUUCUCCCUGUUUUCCUUACGAUCAUCGAUUAAGUAAAUAACAAACUGGUCUUAUUUUUCCCACCGGUGAAGAGCUAUCUCUUCAAAGCUGAUAAAAAGCAGAAUAACAUAGGAACCAUAUGCCACUGUCCUCCUGCAAAAUUGUAAUCAAUCAUGGGUUUUUCAGAACAAUUCUUUGGGAUUUGUUGAACUACAAUACUCUGUAUAUAUCAUUUUAUUGGGUAAUAGCAUCCCCUUAACCCAUCAAAUUUCGCAGUCUCCAGAUGGCAGGCAAAAAGCCAUCAAGAAUACAUUGUGUUAUAUAAAUGAAAGUAUUCUUUCCUCCUUUUAUACAAACUAGCCUUGAGCUCUACCUGUUUGGUAUAUUGUGCACAUCAUUAAUCUGCAUUAAUUGUUCUGUCUUGCUUGUUAACGACAA